AUGACGAUGGGAAAGUCCGGUCUGGCGGGGCUGGUGACGUCCCCUCCCCCCGCCCGGGCUGGGAGCCCCGCCCUGCUUCCGCUGCGGCUGGCAACGCUGGCCGUCAUCGCCGUCUUUACACUGGCGGCCACGGCGAGCGUAGACGCCGAGCUGGAGCCCUCCUGCCCGGCCUUCCGGGAGCACAGAUGUCAUGCCAGCCCAAUAUUAGAGGAAGUGAUCCCGGCUAGCUACCACAAAUCUGAAGCUCCCGUAUCAAAAAAUGGAGGCCCUGUCAAGGUGUAUGUGUCUUUCCAGGUCAUGGACAUCGAUGACAUCAGCGAAGAGAGCAUGGCCUUUCGCCUGCACAUGUUUGUGGUGGACUUGUGGAAGGACGACCGACUCAACCUCACAAGGUUUCUGCAAGACUCCGGGCCGAAGUCGUCGUCGCCGACGCCGGAGACACUGAGGGAAGGUGCUCGCAGAGGACGUCACGAUCCUCGUGUGCUACCGGAAGAAGUCCGCGACGCCGUGUGGAAGCCAGACCUUAUCUUCGUCAACUCCAAAAACGGAUACUUGUUCGAACACUCGGUGCCCAACACCUUCCUCAAGGUCCUCAACACUGGACACAUCUACAGGUCCUCGAGGUAUCUCUUCCAAGUGGACUGCCUGAUGGAACUCCAAAAGUAUCCCAUGGACACCCAGAACUGUUACCUCAAGGUCGGACUCAUGUCGACGCCCGAAGACCUGGCUACGUUACAUUGGAUGGAUGACGAGUCGAGCCCGCAGAGGAACUUUUCGACGGCCAUUCGUCUCCUAGAAGACAUCAAACCUUUACAGUUCUUCUUGGACGUUCCUGUUACGCAUUCGGCAACAGAAGCCUGGAUGUUUGAGAACUAUACGUACCUGUACGCAAACUUCACUUUCGUGCGCCGCCUGACGGCGUCCAUUGUAAACACGUACAUUCCGAGUGGUCUCGUGGUGGCCCUGUCUUGGCUCACCUUCUGGCUUGACGUGUCCGCCGUUCCGGCACGCAUCACCCUGGGAGUCACCUCCAUCCUCACUCUGGCGACUCAGGUAGUACAGUCAAGGAGUUCCCUUCCACCCGUGGACUACAUCAAGGCCGUAGACGUGUGGUUAUUCGUCUGCCUCGUCAUGGUCUUCGCGUCACUCCUUGAGUACGCCGUAGCAUACAACCUGGAGAAGAUUCUCGCCAUGGAACGGAAGCGCAAGCCAGAACCUCAACGGACAGCAAUUCACGUGACGCCGUCGUCACGCGUGACACCUAGCGCCUGGCAGCGUGACAACGUAGGCCCGACACAAAACUCGAUCAACCAUGUCCCAGCAACCCCGGUUGCCAACGACGUCGCUAACGCCGGCAGCGCUCUCCUGGCCAGCGUCAGCGAAGGGAACUACCCGACCCUCGCUACGCCGUCGGUGGUGUCGUUGAACGUCACGAACUCGGUGCCCAGGUCCGUCAACAGCGUAACUGUCAUACAGCCUGCCACCAACAAUAAUGCCAGGACCGUCAAAACAGGACGUCGCCGACUUUUUCAGCGUAGCUUCACCCUUGGCCAGCUCUGGCAGAAGACGAACGUCCUUGACAAGGUGUCCAGGAUUGGAUUUCCAGCUGUGUUCUUUCUCUUUAUGCUUGUUUACUGGUCGUAUUAUCUGCGCUGAACCAUGUCAAAUACUCUACCAAAUGACCUAUGUUGGAUACGGACAUAUAAUACGUUUACACUGGAGCUGAGACUGCAGCCAUUGCCACAAACCUAUGUUGGAUACGGACCUAUGUUGGAUACCCAUGUUGGAUACGGACCUAUGUUGGAUAUCCAUGUGACCACGUAUGGAUACGGACCUAUGUUGGAUACCCAUGUGGUCACAUGGAACAUAGGUCCGUAUGGAUACCCAUACGGACCUAUGUUGGAUACCACAAACCUAUGUUGGAUACGGACCUAUAAUCCGUUUAAACUUGAGCUGAGACUGCAGCCAUUGCCACAAACACAAGAGCUCGAGGUAUCUGCUUUGAAGCGUUCUUCCGAAGAACAUGCGCACAUGCUAGAAAUGCACGCCUCAUAACCGAGAGCGCGGGAUAGCUCGCGCUUGUAGCUUUGGCGACAGUCUCAGCUUAAGGCUGAACGACGUAAGUGUUACAUCGAAACACACGCACAUGCACACACACAUUCACACAGAUAUUCACACACACACACAAGAAAAUGCCACCAGUUAAUGCAGGCAAAAUAUAAAGAAAACUAAUAUUCAAAACCUGCUGAGUACGUUUCUCUUUUUGGCUGGAGAAAAUAGAAUAAGAAGGCCUUAUGGUUGAUAUAAUUAAUUUAUCGAGGUCAAGAUAGGUCGCUAGGAGUACAAGUCUGUACUCUCAGUACAUUUACUCCACGGUCGCAGUUCUCCCUCAAACAGUGACAACACGAAUCAGCCCUUAAAAUUGCCAUAUAAAAAUCUACAUUUCGUUUUGCCAUUGGUCAAAACGCAGUCAAAGGCUAGAGGACAAACGAACACAGACGCAUAUACUAAAUGGGCAGGGUAAUGACGAAUUAAUUGAUUUAGAUUAGGUCAACCAAUGAUAACGCACGAAAAGGAAGAUGAUAAACUCCGUGAGAUUGAGAUUUUGACGCUGAUUUAUUGGCUUUAAUAACUUGAACCUUCAGCUGCGGCUUGACUUAACGCGAAACGAAGUGUAGCAAACUGCAAGAAUUAGCCGAAAGAUAAAACAAGUGAUUAGACAACAGAUAAGCAUGGGUGAAGAACCUAAUUGUUUCUGCCAAAACAAUAUUACAAAAAAAAAACAAAAAAACCUCACCGUAAAGAACAAUAGUUCGCCAUAUAUUCCUCUUCAAAGGGAGCAUAUCGCAGCAAGGCCAGAUGACGCUUAGUUCUUUUUGAAGGAAUGGUUGAGGUACAGCAAAUCAAACGGUAAGAACAUUUUAAGAUUGAUGCAUGCAAAAGAAAAGUGCUCUGAAGGUUGGACAUGAUUGUAAACCUGAGA